AAGGGAUUGGCACUAAACAGCUGUGUAACGGUAAGAAAACCACUUGUCAGUGAGGCUAAAAAUGGCUUCAAUUUGCCAAUGAGCGUAAAGAUUGGACUCUGGAGCAAUGGAAGAAGGUCAUGUGGUCUGAUGAGUCCAGAUUCACCCUGUUCCAGAGUGAUGGGCGCAUCAGGGUAAGAAGAGAGGCGGCUGAAGUGAUGCACCCAUCAUGCCUAGCCAUCACUUCUUAACAGUGAAAGCUGUUGUGCUGGACCCAAGGAAUGAUUUCAAUGUUGAUCGAACACUGACCAAACAAGAUGUCCAGAAACUGGAAGAGCUGUGUCUGGAUAAACUGAUGGAGGAGUGCAGCCCGUCCCUAGACACAAUCAAAAUGCAGGUGUACUUCGACAUGAAUUACACCUCCCGGCGAGAGUUUCUCCAGGAGAUCCACCGGGUGCUGGAGUCCAGGCUGAGCUCAGUGAGCAGAGAGAUCACUGACAGCAGAGUGAAAACACGAGAGGAAUUUGACGCCUUGUAUCGUAAAAUCAUCACGUACAUCCAGCUGCGCUCCGGCAUGGACUCACCUACAGAUGUCACCGCCAUGAAAGAGGCUACAGCCGCCCUGCAGAGCAUCUUCCCUCAGACUGAGCUGGGAGCCUUCAUGGUCCUCCUGAAGAAAGACAAGGAGCAGCAGCUCAGGGAGCUCACCAUGCUUGUCACAGGGAUCAGACUGUUCAACAAAGCCAGCAAGAAGGGGGGCGAGGAGACUGACCUCCAUGAACUAAUGCCUGCCAUUCUAAAUGAAGCUCUUCCAAUCACCAGUAGAAGCAUAGAAAAGGAACUGAGUGUAUCGCAGACUCUGGCGUGGAAAUAUACCGCUGUGUUGGAGGAGUCCCACAGUCAGCCUGCAGGACGUGACGUCCCCGUCGCCCUGCUCAAUCCGGCUCUCUACAACGUCCGGCAGCAUGAAGUCUUUCUCAAAAUGUUACUGGCUGAUGCAUGUUUAUGUGCAAAGCAUGUAGAGAUGCUGCAGACUGCACUCUCAUCACAAAUGAAGCUGCUGAAAGAAACUGUACAAGCAAAGACAGCUGUACCCACUGCAAAUGUUUUUCCACGGUUUCAGUCCCUGUCAGAGCUGUGGUCUGGCCUGCAGGAUGAGGCUCAGCUGCUCAAUAUCCUGGGUAACAUCACGCACAACCUGCGGCCCUUCACUGCCUCUCAGGCCAAGAUCUUCUCUGAGGCAUACUUGGACAGCCUGCUGGAGGGGUCAGAGGUGAAGACAGACCAACAGAGAAUGGCUGAGUCCUCAGAUGAGCGUAUUGUCCCGGCUGAGCCGGACACAGAGGAAUGGCUCCUGCCUGAAACCACAGCCAGCUUCAAUGAGCUGCCGCUGCAGUAUAAUGGAGUCUGUGGCUCCACACUAGUGACCGGACAUGGGCUCCUACUCCCAGGUAACCCACUCAUCGGAAUCUUUAAACACCAGGGGAAGCUCUAUGCUUUCAGCUCCAAAGAAGCAGCUUUGAAGUUUGCCUCCAGUCCGGGGGAAUUCAUUGCAGAGAUUGCAGAGAAAGCCAAGCACUCCGCUGAGCUCAUCCAGCUCCUCCAACUCCACCGACAGUUCUCCUGCGUCAGUCCUUACUCAGAGUUGCAGCCAGGAGAGAGUUUAUUGGUGAAGCCCAUCACUAAGUGUGAGAGCGGCACACAGACAGAUCUCCACCCAGUGGAGAAAAACAUGGACAAGGCAUACGAGUGGAAUGAGUGGGAGCUGCGAAGGAAAGCUAUCAAACUGGCUGAUAUGCGGACCAAAGUGACACGUUCCAUCCAGACUGAUCUGAGCCACAUGAGGCGGGAAAACGUCACGCAGACCUGGCCGCCCAAAGACGCUGCCACUCAAAGCAAGAGAGACGGGGAGAGCAACGUUCCCAGACCUCAGGUUUACCUGGCUGGCCUGAGGGGACAGAGAGACGGACACGUGGUCAAAACAAACCUGAGCCGGUCUGUGGACGAAUGAUUAGGAACAUAACAUCAAAAUAAAAGUUAUUGUAAGCAUGCUGCUGUUUUUUCCUCACAUGUAUUUCUUUAGUUUUAUGCAGUAUAUCUAACUCUGGAUUUCAGAGUGUUUUAACACACACUGUUUUAGGUGCAUGCACAUUCACAGGUUAGACUGGAACGUAAGACAAGUACUAAAGCUAUAGUCUACAUUUCCUAUUGGUCUGAAUGUAUAACAAAAGUGAGUUUUUGUACAAGUUGUGUUUUUUUGUCCCCCCUUAUUGUGCAAAUUUGUCCGGUCUGUUUUAACUGUUCUUACUUUAACACAGAAAACAUUAACCAUCACCAAAUUGUAAUCCAAACUGGGGAGUGUGCGUGCCCCAUGGUGUUUAAAAUCUGGAGUGCCUGGUGAUCUCUUUUUUAACUAUUAAAAUAACAAGAUCCAAGUUGUAAUAAACCAGGAGAAGGCAUUAAGAGGACACUGAAAUGCAGCCACUCAGAAGUAUAUGCUGAUUUGAUAUUGCACUACAGUUGCAGGGUGAUGGUCUCUACCCUCACUGUGUUUCUCAUGGUCACAUCACUAAUCCUUUCCAGCACAUUUGGGUUGUUUUCAUUGUUUACGAUAAAGAUGCUUUUACUAAUCUCUCUGUUUUAUCCACCCGGUUUGGCUUGGCCUGACAUUUGGAAUAAGCCACAACAGAUGUCUCUGCAAACAUGUCAUCAGAUAAAAGCGUUUGCUGUUCAGGCCCGAAACCUUUGGAAGAAUCUACAAAACGCACUGCCCUCCUUUAAAUCCUCACUUUUACCGUUUCACUUAUUCAUUAUUAUUUGACCUUUUAAUUUGACAUUUUAAAUUAAGUUUUGCUUUUUUCCUCUUUUUAUCUCUGCAGUUGUACAUGUAUGGGUUAUUUUCCAUUAUGUUGAUUUUGUAUUUGAUUGUUUUCUUGGUUUUUGUCCUUGUUUAUCAAGCACUUUGCCAUGGUGCUUUUAAAAAAUAAAGUUAUUGUCAUUUUUAAUUCACAACAUUA